AUGAACGUCACUCAGGUGUUGGAGGGCACCCUGUCACCAGAUGCGGCGACUCGUACAAGUGCUGAGCAGCAACUUCUCCACGCGGCCGAAGUUGACUUCGCCGGAUAUCUCACUACCCUUGGCCAAGAGUUGGCGAACGAGAGCACCGCUUCCCACAUCAGAACUGCUGCUGGUCUCGCAUUGAAGAACGCUUUCACUUUCAGAGAUCUCGCUAGAUUGCGUGAAGUACAAGAAAAAUGGAUUACAGGGAUCAGUACCGAAGUAAAGGCGCAGGUCAAGGAGCUUGCGAUCAAGACGCUGGCUUCCAAGGAUACCCGCGCGGGUCAAUCUGCCGCUCAGUUCAUUGUCUCCAUCGCCGCGAUCGAGCUUCCCCGUAACGAAUGGCCAGAGCUGAUGAACACUCUGGUGCAGAGUGUAGCGUCCGGUUCGGAUCAGCUGAAACAGGCUUCCCUCGUCACAAUCGGUUUCAUUUGCGAGUCGCAAGAUCCCGAGCUUCGGGAGAGUCUGGCUGCCCACUCUAAUGCCAUCCUUACUGCUGUCGUCCAGGGUGCUCGGCGCGAGGAGCCGAGCAUGGAUAUCCGCAAUGCCGCCAUCAAGGCCCUCAGUGAUUCGGUGGACUUCGUGCGCUCCAACAUGGAAAACGAGGGUGAACGGAACUACAUCAUGCAGGUUGUCUGUGAGGCUACGCAGGCCGAUGAUCUCCGUGUGCAGGCCGGCGCGUUCGGCUGUCUGAACCGUAUCAUGGGCACUUAUUACGAAAAGAUGCGCUUCUACAUGGAGAAGGCUCUGUUUGGUCUGAGCAUUAUGGGAAUGAAGAGCGAGGAGGAAGAUGUCGCCAAGCUUGCAAUCGAAUUCUGGUGCACCGUUUGUGAGGAGGAAAUUGCCAUCGAGGAUGACAACGCCGCGGCCCAGGCCGAGGGUGCCAGCGAGGUUCGCCCAUUUUUCAACUUUGCCCGUGUCGCCUGCCGAGAGGUCGUUCCCGUUCUGCUGCAGUGCAUGUGCAAGCAGGAUGAGGACGCCACCGACGACGAGUACAAUGUCUCCCGGGCUGCCUAUCAGGCAUUGCAGCUUUAUGCCCAGUGUGUCCAGGGUGAUGUCAUCCAGCCUGUGUUGACCUUCGUGGAGGAGAAUAUCCGUAACGAGGACUGGCGUCGUCGGGAUGCCGCUGUUGCCGCAUUCGGUGCCAUCAUGGAUGGCCCCGAUCCCAAGGUUCUGGAACCCCUGAUCAAGCAGGCCUUGGGCGUUCUUGUUGGAAUGAUGGAGGAUAGCUCCAUCCAGGUCCGCGACUCCGCGGCCUACGCGCUUGGCCGCGUUUGCGACUUUUGCUCUGAGACUCUCGACCCUGACGUGCAUCUACAACCCCUUAUUUCGUGCCUGUUCAAUGGCCUUGCCAGUACCCCCAAGAUUGCCAGCUCUUGCUGCUGGGCUCUUAUGAACGUUGCCGAUCGCUUCGCCGGUGAUGUUGGCGCGCAAACCAACCCCCUCUCGAAGCACUUCCAGGACAGCGUCAAGUCGCUUCUCGCUCUUACCGAAAGACAGGAUGCCGACAACCAGCUCCGGACUGCUGGAUACGAGGUUCUUAACUCGUUCGUCACCAACGCCGCCAACGAUAGUCUCCCCAUGGUUGCCACCUUGUCCGACGUCAUGAUUCAGCGUCUGGAGCACACCGUUCCUAUGCAGCAGCAGGUUGUCAGCGUGGAGGACCGUAUCACUCUGGAGGAGAUGCAGACCUCUCUGUUCAGUGUCCUUCUGGCCAUCGUUCAGCGUCUGGAGACCGAAAUCAAGCCCCAAGCCGACCGCAUUAUGCAUGUUCUGCUCCAGGUCCUCUCCACCGUGCCUCCCAAGUCCAGCGUUCCCGACGUGAUUUUUGCGACUGUCGGUGCCAUCGCCAGCGCUCUGGAAGAUGAUUUUGUCAAGUAUAUGGAGUCCUUCACUCCUUUCCUGUACAAUGCUCUGGGCAACCAGGAGGAGCCCGCUCUCUGCUCCAUGGCCAUUGGCCUGGUCAGCGACAUUGCUCGCGCCCUGAACGAGAAGGUCCAACCCUACUGCGAUGCCUUCAUGAACUACCUGCUGAACAAUUUGAGGAGCGCAACCAACCAGCUGAAGCCGGCUAUCUUGGAGACUUUCGGUGAUAUCUCCCAGGCUAUUGGAACCCAGUUCGAUGUCUACCUGCCUGUCGUUGCUCAGGUUCUGCAACAGGCAUCGGCCGUUACUGCCAGCCCCGAUGUAACUAUGGAAAUGCUUGACUACAUUGUCUCGCUUCGUGAAGGCAUCAUGGAUGCCUGGGGUGGUAUCCUGCUCACCUACAAGGGCAAGCCACAGGCCACUCAGCUUCAGCCCUACAUCGAGUCUAUCUUCCAGCUUCUCCACCUCAUUUCGCAAGACCUUAGCCGUAGCGAAGGUUUGAUGAGGGCGUCGAUGGGUGUUCUUGGUGAUCUGGCUGAUACCUUCCCCAAUGGCGAGUUUGCCAAUUUCUUCCGCAACGAAUGGGUCACCGCACUCGUUCGGGAAACCAGAAACAACCGAGAUUAUAGCCCCCGCACCGUUGACACUGCUCGGUGGACACGUGAGCAGGUCAAGCGUCAGAUCAACAUGUCCACGGCUGCUGCCAUGGCUUAA